CGCACCACUCAAACGUCAUGAGAGCUGGACAGCAGUGCGCGGGAAUGAUGUGCUCGGCAUCGGUCCAACGCGCGCCGGGGAACGGGCUCAGAACCCAUGGGCUAGCGUGAAAUCGAGUCUCCUCAUCUUCUCUAUCCGAAGAGACCUGGCUUCUGGCGGAGACGCGUGCGUCGUGUGCAGCUCAGCCGCAACCAUCAUGGGCACUGUACUCAGCUUCUCACCCCGAGAGCGGAAACCCGUUUACGGGGAGUACAACCUAAACAACUACAACUACGAGCAGCUCAAUAACGCGAAGAACAACAACAACAGCAGUAAAGAUAGCGGCAAGGCGACAAAUGGCGAGAAAGCCAACAAUCACCACCACAACUUCAAGAAGCACUCUCUAUUCAUCAAUGCUUUGAGUUGGAAGCACUUCACCGCCUCCAGCAAGAAGAAGCAGCAAGAGAAGAAUAAGAUGAGGCAGCCAUUGGAUAGCAUCCAUUCACUGGUGGAUAACAACAAGAAUAUCCAGAAUUCCCUGUCUCGCUUCCGGCCAGGACAGCUCGACGUGGUGGUGAGGAACAACAACAACCUCCUACUCCAGGACCCAGCCAAGAAACCACCUCCUCUGCCGCCCAAACCUGCUCUGCUGACCGCCCACAACCUGGUCCGGCCUUCCAACCAUGGGCCGGUUGGUCCUCAGGCUUUUACUGACUCGUCCAGCGCGGUUGCCUCCAGGGCUGGGCAGCCUAGCCCUCAUCGAAAGACGGUCAUCCAGGCGUCCACCUCUGAGCUACUUCGUUGCUUGGGCGAGUUCCUGGGCAGAAGGUGCAGGAGGCUGAGCGAUUUCCACCCCACGGAUGCAGUAAUGUGGCUGAGGACUGUGGAUCGAAGCCUCCUCAUGCAAGGCUGGCAGGACAUCGCUUUUAUCAACCCAGCCAAUGUCGUCUUCUUGUAUAUGUUGGUGCGAGAGAUGGUGGGGGAGGACAUAGAGUCAGAACGAGAAUUGCAAGCUGUAGUCCUCACCUGCCUCUAUCUGAGCUAUUCGUACAUGGGCAACGAGAUCUCUUACCCACUGAAACCUUUUCUGGUGGAGGAUUCUAAGGACAAGUUCUGGGACAGAUGUCUGCUAGUCAUCAACUUGCUGAGUGGUAAGAUGUUGAGAAUCAACAGCGAGCCCAGUUUCUUCACAGAGGUUUUUACUGAACUCAAGGGAUGCUGCUCCAUUGCGGCAUGACUCAAGUGUGUGACCAACAUCUCUAUUAAUCUAUAGCCCCCCAAUGGGUCAGAGAGGAUAAAAACCCAUCAGUAAUCUUUAAGAAAUACUAACAAAAUACUAAAAAGGUAUUGUAUAUUUUUUCAUAGAACCGUCACUUGUCGAGCGACUUACCAUUUUAGUAUAACUUUUUCUCUCUGUAUACAUACAUAAGUACAUAUUACAAAAAAAGUGAAAAUUUGAUAAGAAAAAAGAUGUUUUAGUACUGGAAAUUACCAUAAUUUUAAAUCGUAAUGUAAUAUUGAUAAAUGAGUAGGAAAUUUUAUUAAGUAUUUCUUAUAUCCAAUAUAAUUUUGAGUUCAUUGUUUUUAUUUAGCUUUCAUUUAUGUAAUGUGAAAAAUUAAGUGAGUCAUUUGUACUGUAAAAGUGCACUGCAAGCUUGGAAAAAGGCAUUGAAGUUUUUGGGAGUUGUACAUGUUGUUAUAAAUUGAUUUGGAACAGUCUGAACAAAAAUAAAUUUAGAUGACUCCUUUAAAUUAUUCUGCAAAACUCUUAAUCUCAAAAUCCUAUUUAUAUCUUACUAAAUGAGAGAAGAAUAGCAUAUCUUUACUUAAUAGUGAACUCUAGGAAUGUUCUGAAGAAAGAACUUAAAAUGCAUUUGUUUUUAAAGCUCCAGUUUAGAAUUGUAAUUGAAUAAUGGUUCUGAACUUAAUUUAUUAUUCUAUUCUUCUGCAUUGAUGAUAUUGACUACUGAUUGAAUUCUUAAAUAAUUUCUCAUAAGAAAGUCUCCUGGAGAAAAAAGAUUUUGUUUAUCAAAUGUUUUUUUUUAUUUUUUAUGAAGCAAUUUUAAAAAUUAGGGGGCGAUUCUAAAAAUUAAACAAUGCAUCGUGUCGAUUAUUAACUAACAACAUUUAAGGCACGAUUUACAAUUAUGGCAAUCCCCUAUUUACACAUCUUGUUUGUCCCUAAUUGAAAAACUAAUGUUCGCCAAUUUAAAAGCGAUGUAUUAUCUAUAAGAUUUGGCUGCUUGAAUAAGUGGAUUUUCAAUGCCCAUAAAAUAUUAAGAUAUAUUAUAUAAAAUUAAAACAUAAUAUAUUAUUGAGAUAUGCCCGUAAAAUAUUAGGAUUACAUCAAAAACCGAGAUGUUAUAAUUGCCGGAAGAAUUAUAUUAAGCAUAUUUUUUAACUUAUAAACUUACUCGAUUUCAGCUAGAAUUUGAAGAAUUUAAAUUUUAAAUAAAUAUUCAUGAAAUGGUAGAUAUUAUUCUAAUUUGAAAUCUUUAUUAUUCAUUUCUUUGUUCCUAAUGAGUCGUAUGCAACCCAUCAAUACUUUGUUCUUGAAUAAAACACUACCUUCAAUAGCAUCAUUUUGCAACAUUUGCCCACAAGUAAAUUUUCAAAAUGUCUUUCCAAAUUCUAAAAUAUUGUCGAGCAAUCGAAAUAAAACAGUCCUUUCCCAGAAUCCGAGAGAAUAUUCUUCGCGAAACGCCAGCAAUGGCGGUCGGUAUCGAUUUUCCAGAAGCCAUUUGUCGCGCAGCAGAAGUCUUAGUUUCGGACUUCGCAUUGCAGUGACGAGGAGGAUAAAACUUACCAGGAAGAAAAGACUCAAUGCGGAACUCCGAAAAACUGUGACGUGGCAGUUUGCAUCGCUUCCGAAUACGAUCGUGCGAAUUCUUUAAAUUUCGAAUUUCUUUUUCAGUCUCAAUAUUCGGAGACAUUAUAUAAAUGCUCUGUAGAAAUGUACUCUGAAAAGCCAUCGAAAUUUGAAGUGGAAAUAAUAAAUCUAUUAUAAAUAUGGAAAGGAGAAUACAAUUCACAUUAAAAAAUAGAAAGCGUGGUUGUCAGAGGUAAUAUGAAAACCAUAUACAUGGUAAGAAAUUUUUAAAUUCCUCGUUUCAACAGUGAUAUCAUUAUAAAUCAAUUCAACAUUUUACAAAGCUGUUACGAUGAGGAAUAUCUUUUUAAAAGAAAAUUCUUAGGAAUUUAAUUCUUAAAUGAUUAAGUCUUAAAUGAAUAGUUUGAUACAAUUCAAAUUAUUUUAACAUUCGGUAUAAAAUAAUUACAAAAAGCAUUUUUUUAACCAAAAAUAGCUUACAUAUCGUAAUAUAAUCAUAAUGUAAAUAUCAUAAUGACAAAAAGGAAAUAAUCAAAUAAUAAUAUUAUUAUUUAAAAGUUUGUAUUGCACUGAAUAAAAAAUAUUUUAAAGAAAAUUGAGUUUUAAAAAGCCAAAUUUCUCGAAGAUAAGUAACUACAAAUAAAACCUCACGAACAUAAUUAAAUUAAAAUACUAAACAUUAAAUAUUUUAAAUUGAGAAAUAUUACUAUAAGAAUCAUUUGCAUAUUUUUUCUUUUAAAUAAAACUGUUUUUGAGUGCUCAUUUCAAAUUGAAUCGAAUGCUUAUAUAAUAUUUGUAUCUGUCUUUAUAUUCAGCUCUAGUUCUAGGUUAUUCACCUUUGAUUCGACGUUAAAAACAAAAAUUCCUCGAUCCGACAGCAGAAUUCCGGAAAAAAAAAGUAAAACCUAUGCAUUUAAGUAAAAGCUGCCUCCAUUCAGUGAUUGCCAUUUCGGAUAGCAACAUUUCCUUCUAAAGUAAGUACUCCUCCACGCGCGAAAAUCUGGCCCGUUCAGAGUCACGCAAAGAAAACCAGGCUCACGCUAUCUCAGUAUGUCAGUGAGGACCUUUUCUGAGAAUAUGCGUGAGGAAAUACCUCAAUGUAGGACGCGGCCCUGGAUAAGUAUCGGUUCCAACAGAGUACAUAAUUACCAUUGGUCAGCAAUUGUGCAAUGAAAGAACAAACCUAAAUAAGCCGCUUUAUGAUAAUGAUCUGGCCUGGGUGAAAUGUCAUUGAAGGAAUCAAUAAAAUCAUAGCAUUGUGUUUCUCACUUUUAAUACUGUUUACCACUACAUUCUUAAUAACGAUGCAUUCCAAUUACCUCAUUGAAAGGAUUUUUAGAGAUUGAAAAUCAAUUAUUAAUAAUCCUGAAAGAAAUCCAAAUGUUUCUCAGCUUUAUUUUAUUAUUUUUUUUAAAUGUUGUCUCGGGUAAAUGUGCUCAUUCAGCUGUGAUUUUCAUCGAAGGAUUUUUAAGUUCAUUCACUAUCCUCUCGUUUCAUAUUUCUUUGUUUAUUUUCUUUUUCAGUAGGCUCCCAUUUAACAUUUUUUUUCGCAAUAUGCAACUUGAAAUGUUAAUUUGUUCUUCUUAAUUAUAUAAAUGUGUUUACUCGAAAUUAUUUCUCCCAAAUCACGUAAUCCUUAAGCACAAUAUUCAAAGUGUUAACUGAAGAAAAAACACAAAUAGAAAAAAAUAUUAACUAAUAGCUCAUUGCAAAUCCUUUAUGAAGGCACCCAAAAUUUUAUAUUAUAUGUCGUUUAAAAUACGAUGAUCAAGUUCGCGAUAUUUUUAAUCAAAAGAGUUUUAUUCAAAGAUUAUGAAAACAAAUGACAAAUAAAAAUGAUGACUAAGAAUUAAACUAAAAAGGCAUAGAUAUGUAGAUAGAAAAGGAAAAUAAGAAAAGAUGCUCUAACUUUACAUCGUUAUCAAACUCAAAUUCCCUUUUCUGCUCAUUCAUUUUUUUUCUCCAAUUUGAACUAAUUUCAAUUUUGAAAAAGGGAAGCUAAAAAAUGUUAAUGAUGAGAUUAACUUUUUUCUUCAUAUGCUUCAACGAUAUAUUUAUAUCUAAAUUUUCUAUGCAAAAAAGGCAAGUAUUUUUGAAAAUAACAGCAUCGAUUUUCUAACAUCUGAAAAUGCUGUCAAACAUGAAUAGUAAAAUUAAACUUACCAAAAUUUUUCUCUCUGUAGUUCAAACAUAAUUAAAGGGGAAAAAAUUCAAAAUUCUAGUUGACUGCAUGUUUAUUUUUCACGCUGCAGUUAUUAUUUUGAAAAUUUUCAUUUUGAAACAGAAAAAAAAUUGUUCAAGACUUUGAUGAAUUUAAUUUUGUCUAUCUAUACAUAUGUAUAUAAUGGUCCAAUGCACUUUCCAUAAAAUGAAAUGAUGAAACAACACCGAAAAGAAUUUUAAUUUGUCGAAAAAAGGCCUUUUAUAAAUUGAUUCUUCAUCUUUGAGGUGUUAAAUCCCCGUAUAGCUUUAUCAUAUAACAACAAAUGAAAUCUGGGAUUUUAUUAUAAUUCGCAAAUGAGUGUUAUGACAACUAACGUGUUCAUUUCUAAAAAAAAAAAUUAAAUCUCAAAAUACCUAAAGGGAUGCUGUCAUUACUAUAAUCAGAUCUCUGUAUGAUAUUUCCGGCUUUAUUUCCCGAGCCAUUAAAUAGUAAAACUAGACAGAAAAAUUUAUUUGAAAUAUACCUGUUUUGUACAAAUCUUUGUGUGCGUUUAGAAACAGUAGGAAAUUUGAAGAGCCGGCAACAUGUGCAAUAUAUAAGAAUCACAGUCGAACCUCGUUGGAGGAUUUCUGGUUUCUUUGUAUAAAGUCUUGUCCCUUUUUGUACUAUUAAAAAGGCCUGUAACUCUUGUCCGUGUAAAAAUAUUUUUUAAAAAAUGUAUCUAGUGUUUGAGUUAGUUACUGUAUUCAAAAAAAUAGUUAAUUCUAGGUCAUUAGUUAUAUAUUCUGAAUUUUCAUUAUUGUAUUUAUUAAAUUUUUAGUAAAUUUAUUUCUGUUCAGAAAAAAAUGAAUUGAGUGAAUUUUGCUAUGAUAAAAGUUUCUUUAUUUAAGAUAAAACCAAAAAAAUGGUUCAGUAUCCACGAAAUGUAAGAAUACGAAUGUGUCAAAUAUAUAAAUUUUUACUAACUGCUUGAGCAAUCAACUCAUGUUCUAAAAUUAAAUUCUAAAACAAAAUAUUCCUGUUCAUAAGUUGCUGAAAUGCCCUUAAAAGUAUAAUCAGAUUUAUAAUUAUUUAAGUAAUUACUGAUUUCAGUUUAUUAAAUGGUAGUUAAUCCUUUUUCUUAAAAAUAUUUUUGGAACAGAUUCGGAAGUUAAAUAAUAACUAAAAAUCUUUGAAACGCCGAUCAAUCGAUUUCUUUCGUAGAAAU